ACCAUUUCACACGACCACAACAACUUGAUAUAUCUCCUCCAGAAGAAUGAAAAAACUGAUCGUUCCCACCAAAAUUAAUUGAAAGAAAAUAAUAACAAAUCUCUAAUCCGUUUCAUUUUCUCUUUGAAUUUCAGUCUCAAUCCUCCAAAAUCCAUGGUUUCAGCGUCUUUGCUCGAACCCCAUCCAUUAAAAUGGAACAAAACAUUCCCACUUCAUUUCGCCUCCUCUCCUUCUCCAUCAACAAGUGGUCGCUAUCAUCUCUACCGGCCCUUUAUCGUACCCAGAAAUUUGAAAAUACAUGAUUCUAGCUCUGUCAAAUCCCGUGUUAGAUGCUUCUUUUCCGAGAAAGGGAGGAGUUCAACGACUACGAUUUCGAAUUCUUGUUCGGUGGAAUUGGUUAAUGGAGAUAAACCCAAAAGCCCAAUGGAGGUAAUUGGGAAUUCCAUUAUUAAUGCUCUCAAGACGUUGCGGAAACCGGCAAUUGCUGCGGUGUUGUUGGGAUUGCUGUUGAUGUACGACCCCAAUUCCGCGUUGGCCGCUUCUGGUGGGCGAGUUGGAGGGAAUGCGUUUUCGUCUCGCUCCUCCUCGUCUUCGAGGAGUUACUCGACUCCCAGGAUGAGUUCGGGGUUUUCGUAUUCUGCACCGUACACUUCUCCGUCGAUGUUUGGCGGUGGCGGGAUUUAUGUUGGGCCGGCAGUUGGGGUUGGAGUCGGUGCUGGCUCGAGUUUCUUCUUCAUAUUGGCGGGUUUCGCGGCGUUUCUUCUGGUCUCGGGAUUUCUUUCUGAUCGUUCCGACAGUAGUGUUCUUACUGCUUCUGAAAAAACUAGCGUACUUAAACUACAAGUUGGGCUGUUGGGCAUGGGCCGGGGACUCCAAAGAGAUCUAAAUAGAAUUGCUGAAAGUGCUGAUACAUCAACUCCUGAGGGUUUGUGCUAUGUUUUAACUGAAACGAUUCUAGCGCUGCUUCGACAUCCUGAUUAUUGCAUUUCUGGUUACUCAUCUAUGGAUGUGAAACGUAGUAUAGAAGAAGGAGAGAAACGUUUCAAUAAAUUAUCAAUUGAAGAGCGAGGGAAAUUUGACGAGGAAACUCUUGUCAAUGUGAAUAGCAUCAAAAGACAGAGCACAAGCAGCCAGAGGACAAGUGGAUUUAGCAAUGAGUACAUUGUGAUAACAAUAUUGGUGGCUGCUGAGGGAGUUCAUAAGCUGCCCACUAUCAAUGGCAGCGGGGACUUAAAGGAAGCUUUGCAAAAACUUGCAUCUAUUCCUUCCAGCAAAAUAUUGGCUGUUGAAGUUUUGUGGACACCACAAAAUGAAAAUGACACAUUGUCCGAGCGCGAGCUCCUUGAAGAUUACCCACUUUUAAGGCCUCUAUAAGUAUGUGCGGAAACAAUACUUUUAUCAUGCUUUACUGAUUACACAUAAUGAUUAGAAUAUAGAGUGCCUGUCUUGACAUAGAAAGUUUGUAUAUAAUAUACGGAAAUUGGACAAAAAAUUCAAAUUUAGUUUUCAUUUAGUGGAUGAACCUUGCCUUUA